AAAAGUGAUCAAAGGGGUCCGCCUCGCGUUUUGUUUACAGUGUGAUUUUUCACGUUUUCGGCACAAUUUUCAUGUCAAUUACAUCAAGAUGAGUGUUAAUUUUGAAAAGCAUAAAGCUGACCUACUUGCUGCUUGGAAAGAAGUGGUUGAUGAUAAAACUGCAACUGACUGGGUACUCCUAAGUUAUGAAGGACUCAGCAAUGACUUGGUAAUAGUUGGGAAAGGAGAUGGAGGAAUUGAAGAAUUGAAAGAAGAAUUGAAUAGCGGAAAAAUCAUGUAUGCAUUCUGUCGAUUACUUGAUCCCAAAACUAGUCUACACAAGUUUGUUUUAAUUAAUUGGCAAGGUGAGGGUGCCCCAGUUAAUAGGAAGGGAAGCUGCGCUGGACAUUUACGGGAAAUUGCCAGUUUUUUCAAAGGCACUCAUGUUACAAUAAAUGCUAGGAAUGAAGAAGAAGUGGAUGAAGAUGAAAUAAUAGAGAAAUUAUCUAAAAGCACAGGUUCUAGUUACUCGUUCAAAACGCGGACAGAGCCUCUACUUCCAGUGAAAGAACCAGUGGGCACAGUUUAUAAAAAAGUGAUUCCUAGGCAAGAAAUCAACUCCGCAGAACGAGACAAGUUCUGGGCUGCUGAAGAAGAGGCAGAGCGAAAGCGGCAGGCUGAAGAAGCUCGAAUUAGGGAAGAAAAACAAAGGUUAGCUGAGCUUGAGAGGCAUCGUAGAGAGAUGAGUGAAAUGUCUAUCCGAGAAGCCAAAGUCCCAUCGGUAGAAAAUAUCAGUCAAGAGGCUAUCAGGCCAAUAGUAGAGAAUAUUGCUCAAGACACAGUUCAGCCUAGAAUUCAGGAGAUUGAAAAUAACACAGAAAGCAAUGCAGUUAACGAAAUUGAAACAAAUGCCAAAAAAUCCAGGAGUGAGGAAGCCCAAGAAUUAAUUUCAACUCGAACUGUAGAUGCUCGUGCAAUUUUUGAAAAUGCUGCCAAGAAUAGCUCAGGAACACAAUUAUCCAAUAAAUCCGCAACACAUAUAUCUAAUAAAUCUGCUUCCAAGGCCAGUCUUCAACCCUCAAACCACAGUACGGAGGAUGGAAGACUCAAUGCAGGUGCUCAAGAAUCAGAGAAGGCGAUGCAAAAUGGCUCCGCAGAACCUCAGAACUCAAGUGAAAAUGAACUAGACAGUGAUAAAUUAGAUACAACUCCAGAAGUUCAACCGACGCCUGAUCUGAAUGGUUCUGCUGCUAUUGAUACAAAUCACUCAAGCCCUGUACCCGGACAAACUGAAGGAGGCCUUCGUGCGGUAGCCUUAUACGAUUACCAAGCUGCUGACGAAACAGAAAUAUCCUUCGAUCCUGGUCAAGUCAUCACGAACAUUGAUCAAAUUGAUGUUGGUUGGUGGCAGGGCCUUGGUCCCGACGGAUCUUACGGUUUAUUCCCAGCGAAUUAUGUGGAGCUUCUGGAAUAAUAGCAUACCACGUCCCUAAAAAUUUAUCGUCCCAUCAAGGUUAGUGAUUCACAUUCUGUACGCUCAUGACAGAAGAAAUUUUACAAUACUUAAUGUUGAAAAUUCUACAACUGAUAAAUUAGUGCCAGGAAUAAAGUUCUUCUCCUAUAGGAUUCACCCUUCGAGUUAAAGUUGUGGAUUCAUUCAAUACAUGAGAUGAACAGGGCUUUGCAAUUUUUUGAAAAUUAAUAAGAUAAAUUUUCCAGUCAAGUAAUUUUGACAUUUUUGAUAAUUUUCAAAGAUAAAAUCAAGACUGAGGGCAAUCUUCUUAUGAUUGCCCAGCACAUUUUUCCUAGGACCUGUAUUAAAAGUAUUGAUUCUUUGAAACCAAAAUUGAUUUUUUUAAAAAAAAAA